AUGUCCCCUCUCAGUCACCCUCACCCCAGCCUCAUCCCAGCCUCACCCCAGCCUCACCCCACUUUCACCCCAGCCUCACCCCAGCCUCACCCCAGCCUCACCCCAGCCUCAUCUCAGCCUCACGCCAGCCUCACCCCAGCCCCAUCCCAGCUUCACCCCAGCCUCAUCUCAGCCUCAUCUCAGCCUCACCCCAGUCUCACCCCAGCCCCUCACCCCAGCUUCACCCCAGCCUCAUCUCAGCCUCACCCCAGCUCACCCCAGCCUCACUCCAGCCUCACCCCAUCUUCACCCCAGCUCACCCCAACAUCACCCCAGCCUCACCUCAAAUUCAACCCAACCUCACCCCAGCUCACCCCAACCUCACCCUAG